AUGGAGACGAACAACCACAACACAAACAUUGUCAUCAAGAAAACAAGAGGGAGGCAAAAGAUCCAAAUGAAAAUGAUCGAAAAGGAAUCCGAUAGGAUGGUCACCUUCUCAAAGCGUCGGGCAGGAAUCUAUAAGAAGUUAAGUGAGUUUGUCACCUUGACGGGCAGUGAGGUAGGAUUUUUGGUAUUUUCUCUUGCAGGUAAACCCUUCAGUUAUGGUGAUCCUUCCUUUGAGGACCUUGCACUUCGAUACCUAGGCCACCUACAUGAGCCCCAAAUACCUCUCAAUCAAGGGAUGUACAGGCAGGCUAGGAUCCAAGAGCUACUAUGGACCCACAACAACCUACGGGAAUUGAUGGAAGAGGAAGAGAAGAAAAAGAAAUUUUUGAGGGGAAAGCUCGAGAGAAAGCCAAUGAAUAACUGGUGGAACAAAGGGGUUGGCGAGGUGGAGGUGGAAGAGCUUUCGGAUCUUGAGGCUGCCUACUCGGAUGUGUUGAUGAAGGUGGAGAAUAGGAGGAUGGAAGUGAUUGGCCUGACCAAUAACAUCAAUACUAAUGGUAUUGUUGGUGCUUCCUCCUCUACUGGUUUCGCACCUUCUUAA